CCCAGCAGACAGUGCCGAGAAGCGGUGGCCUAAUCACCAGCCUGCUGCAGCGCCGAGAGCCCUUUGCGCAAGGGUGGGUAAGAGGAGUCGCCAGUGCUUAUGGACAGAUGGAGCUCGAGGAAGCUGUCCGGAUGAUGAAUGAGGUCUGUGAGAUGGUGAGAUGGUGAUGAGCACCAUGGCGGGAGGGGUGGAAAAGCAGCGACAACUUCGUGCACUGGCACCGAGCCACAGCCACCAACCAGAAGGGUUACUUGUUGACGCCGCUUUACCGAGUAUCUAUCCCCCAAAUGCUGCCAGUACUAUGCAGUACUAUGUAUCAUAGUAGAACUUGCGAUCACGAGACAUUUGGGACAAAUGGUAGUACCAGCGUACUACCACCUUAUCCGGGACAUACCUAAGGUAACCUAGGUACGGCUGCGGGACUAUUAUUGAACGAUUGAUUGUGCAAGGGAUUUGAACCGUACUGAAGUGCAUGUAGUCUCACUUGCAAGAUCGUCACCUACUACUAGUGCCCACGCAUCAACCAUGUCGGCGACUGAUACAACCCUCAAGGGCAAAUAUCCAGCCAAAGCCCACUGUCGCCGGGUUGCGAAAUACCUGACCGACGCGGGCCUUGCACGCGAUGGAGUCAUCUACCUCGAAGCGCAAAAGACACGAAUGGUCGAGGACGACGACCAAGCCGUACCCUUCCGCCAGCGACGGUACUUCUUCUACCUGUCCGGGUGCAGACUCCCAGAUGCCCACCUGACGUACAACAUCCCGCAAGACAUCCUGACGCUGUUCAUCCCACCGGUUGACCCGGACAGUGUGAUAUGGGCGGGGCUGCCGGAGUCGAAAGAGGAGGCACUACAGAAGUACGACGUGGACCAGGUCUUGUACAGCGACGAAGUCAACGCCGCGUUGGCCGCAUAUGGAACACCCCAGUCCAAAACCACCGUCUACGCCAUUCCCGAGCAGGUCUCGGAACACAUCACAUUCCUCCCAUUUGCGGCGACGGACUUCGAUCACCUGAAGACGGCCAUCGACGAAUGCCGAGUGAUCAAGGACAGCUAUGAAGUCGCAUUGAUCCGGAAGGCGAACCAGAUCUCGACGCUCGCCCACAUCGAGGCCGCCAAGGUCGUGCGCACCGCGACCAACGAGCAAGAGCUGUACGGUGCCUUUAUCGGCACGUGUAUUUCCAAUGGCGCCCACGAGCAAGCUUACCAUUCCAUCUGCGCCAGCGGCACCAGCUGCUCGACCCUGCACUAUAUCCGCAACGACCAGCCCCUGCGUGAGCGGUUGAACAUACUCCUCGACGCCGGUGCAGAGUACAACUGCUACUGUGCCGACAUCACACGCACUUUCCCCAUCUCGGGCACAUUCACCCCGGAGUCACAGACCAUCUACGACAUCGUCGACGAGAUGCAAUCGUCCUGCUUUAAACUUCUUCGCGCCAACGUUCGCUGGGAGGACGUGCACGAACACGCCCACUGGGUUGCCAUCCGAGGCCUCAAGAAGGCUGGUAUUUUGGUUGGGGAUGAGCAGGACAUCUUUGACAAGAGAAUCAGCGUCGCCUUCUUCCCGCACGGUCUGGGCCAUUACUUAGGCAUGGACACCCACGACACUGGCGGUCAUGCCAAUUACGACGACCCGGAUACCAUGUUCAAGUAUCUGCGAGUCAGAGGGAACGUGCCUGCUGGCGCCGUCAUCACGGUUGAACCCGGUAUCUAUUUCUGUAAAUUCAUCCUCGACCCUGUCCUGGACGAUCCAGAGUUGAGCAAGUAUAUCGACAAGACCGUGCUGGACAGGUAUUGGGCUGUGGGCGGGGUCCGGAUCGAGGAUGACAUCCACAUUACGGAAGAUGGCUACGAAAACUUGACAGAUACGCCCAAAUUAUAAGACGACUGAUAACGACAUAAAUAGACAGGUCCUGUAGAUAGCAGGCUUGACACCAACAAUAAAAGAGGUGGUCAAGAUGACGAUAUCGCGUUGCUUCAAUAAUGGCCCGGUAUCCGAAGGUUGAGCAGGACGGCACUAUGGAGACGGUUCAUACAUUUUCUGAUAGACCCUUUCGCCCUCACUCAAUCAAUCCUUCCAUGUCACGACCUUGGUCCUCGCCCACUCAUCGAGACCCUGCAGACUGUUAAAUCGCCCGAACCCACUCUUCUUUGCCCCGCCAUGUGGUAGCGCGGCUUCAUCAUGGAUGGUCAUCGAGUUGAUGUGCACGGCGCCGGUUUCGAUUUCACGGGCAAUGCGCAGUCCUCGUCGCAGAUCUUCAGUGAAAACCGCGCUGGAUAGACCAUAUUCGGUAUCGUUGGCGAUUUCGAUGGCCUCUUCGUCCGAGUUGACCACCAACAGGGAUACUGUCGGGCCGAAAGAUUCGGUGUGGUAAAGGUCCAUGCCCGGCUUGACGUUCUCGACGACAACAGGUCGCAUCUUAGUCUUGGAGGAUUCGCUGUGGUCCGGGUCCCCAUAGACAGGUUUGGCACCCUUGGAGAGUGCAUCGGCCAAGAGCUUCUUGUUCUUCUCGACUGGCACCGCCGACACGAGUUGCGGAACACCCAUGCCCUCGUCGCUGAACACCUUUUCCAUGGUGGCUUUGAGCGCCGACCGGAACUGAUCGACAAUUUUGGCAUUGACCAGAAUCCGCUCUGUGGCCAUGCAGAUCUGGCCGGCGUGAAGGAAAGCGCCCAGCGCACACUGGAACGCUGCUGUCUCGAUAUUGGCAUCUUCGCAGACUAUGGAGGGUGCCUUGCCACCAAGCUCCAUGACUGUUGGCUUGAGGUGCUUGCCGGCGAGAGACGCCACGAUGGAGCCCACAGCGGUAGAGCCGGUGAAGUUGAUCUUUUUGACGGCUGGAUGGGAGAUCAGAGCACUAGUAACUUUUGCAGCAUCUGCGGGUCUAUGGUAGAUGGUGUUGAGACAACCUGCUGGCAGCCCAGCUUCGUGGAAGACUGAGGCAAUGGCCCAGUACACCGCCGGGGAUGCUUCGGGACCUUUGAGGAUGACUGUAUUACCCCUGGAGAGCCAUUAGUUCAAUUCGCCGGCUACGACAGUGCCAGCAGCGCAGUUGGACUCACAUUGCCAGAGGUUGCAGACAGGCGCGCACUCCCAAAGCAUGGGGAGCGUUCCAGGGCGCAAUGCCCAGGACCACACCGUAUGGUUCUUUCAGCACCAGCGCGCUGCUACCCUCCUCCGAAACGACCGGCAUGCUCGAAGUGGUGGCCACUUGAAUCAAGCCUGCAACGGUCUUACAGGCCUCGUAGGCCAGGUUAUGUUCAAAGCCAAACAUGGACUCGGGCAACCCCGUCUCUGUAUUGGCAUAGUGUAACUGCUCGUCCCUCCUCUUUUUGAAACCCUCUGCAGCUCUAAGAAAAAUGUCUCUUCUCGUGUGCGGCUUCGUCUUUGACCAUGUUUUGAAGGCCUUCUCUGCUGAUGCGAUGGCUUUCAGAGCGUCUCCUUCGUCGGCAGCGGAGCAUUGGUAGAGAACUUUGUGAUCGAGAGGGGAGACAACAUCGAACGUUGAGGAGAGUUUGACUUCUUGACCGUCCAGCCAUAGUGGAAUGGUAGAAGACGAGUCGAACUUCGACAAGGAGGCGCCGUUAGCGCCAUUGGUAGCCAUGUUGGCUCGUCCCGAAGAUGGAUGGGUAUAAAUUCAGCAGGUCGAGUCUGACCCAGAUUCUUGCAGGCGUUGUAACUCUAGAAACACUCAGUAUUAGCACUCUGUACCUCUUAAGGGCAGAACCUCAAGUUGUAGUUAUAAAGGAUGACAGCGGCUGUGGACAGCGGCAUUUCCACAA